CAAUCGUUGCAGUCGUUCAAUGGAAUGUACCCAAUAUGUUAUCUGUGACUUGACUGCAGUCUAACAAUGUCAAAACAACAUUCCAUAUGUUUGUCAGCGUGUUAGGUACUUUUUGUAAACAUUCUAUUUAGGAAAUGUAGGUUAAUACUAAUAUUAUAUAUUGACGUAAAAAUAGGAAUUAACCAAUUAAAGUAACAAUGUCAAGGUUAGAAAUAAAGGACGAGGCUUCACAAUCAAUAGUGAACUUUUUAAAAUCUCAUGUUCCAAAGUCUGAUGGAUACAAUAUAGAAACUGAAUUAAAAAAAGAUUUUGUACUCGCCAAAAAGAAAAGUAAAGAUAAAAAAAAGAAGCAAAAGAGAAAAAAGUCCAAAGUUUUGACACGGAAAGAGAAAAAAGCUCUCGGUUUUUAUUCAAUCCCACGGAACAGUGUGCAGUAUAAGGACAUGUUGGCGCUUAACGAAAUUUGGACAGGAUAUAUAUGUGAAAUGCUCGAAUUAGAGAAACAGGUGCCAGACAUGUUGAGUAAAACGUGGGAUCAGUUUACCCAGACGUUUUAUAAAGCUGACUUCCAUGGUGCCAUGAUAGAAGUCGUUCGCUCUAAGUGCCCUAGCUAUGUCGGAAAAAAGGGUAUAUGUAUAAUGGACACUAAAAACACUUUCAAAAUUGUUUCAGAAGAUAAUAUAGUGACCACCAUACCAAAAAAAGGCAGCGUCUUUAAAGUGUUUGUGAAAAAUUUAGCUUUGUGUAUUUUUGGCAAACAUUUGUGUGCAAGACCAGCAGAACGAUCGAACAAAAAAAUUAAAAGUUAUUUACAUCCGGAUUUGUGAUUGUUGU